CACCGUCACAAAUACACGUAGUUGGUUCGUUUUAGGUCAAAUAAUCAAACUGAUAAGUCUCACUCACUCUGCCGCAAUUGUAGCGCUGCUAAAAUGCUCAAAUGAUGGCUCACCCCUACCAUAGAACCAGUGUGGGGAGGGACGACUACUGGCACAGUUCCAGAAGGGGCAUCGACCUUUAGUUGCAAGCCUCUUGAGGUUCUGUAGUUUCAAACAAACAAAACGCAAUAGAAAGAUUUGGCUUUGGAUGUUAAUGGGUAUUUUACUAAAUUUUUAGAAGCGCUAUUUCCACAACACUGCCAUUAAAGUAAAUGAAAGAGUAAUUUCGAAGAAAAUGACGUCGAAAAGUGAUGGCGAUUAAUUUACGUUGCUCGGUGGUUGUGGUGCGAUUUGAAGUGUAUGCAUGCGGUGUGUAUCUUUGAAUGCGACAAAUUCCCUGAUAUAUCGUCAGCCUUUGGCUUUUAACCAAGGGGCAAAGUCCACCAAAUGUAUGAUCUAGCACGCGGUACGGAAUCAGUGGGCUUUGUAUCAUAUUGUUGCAGAGUAAACCUCUGCAAAUUUUAAUUUUAGACAGUUUUAACAUUGCAGCUUGCACUUGAUUGUCAACAAUUUCAUCAUCCUGGGAACUUCUAUGUUUAUUAAACACAGAAUUCACAAUGUUGCAAAACAAAGGCUACACCAAAUCAGGUCAUUAUUAAAAUGAUUGCGGACAUGUGACGUCAUCCCUAUUGCAGAGACCCGCCUUCUUGUCACAGUGGAAUUUGGUUACACAUUGUUUGCGAGCCAGCGUCUGAUCCAAGAUGGCGGACAGAGUUGUGUCGUUCGAUAACCCCGUGUUUGCGUCCUACGCUGCCUACGCGGGGCUGGCCUCCAUGAAGAUGAUGGGCAUGACGCUCGUCACCGUUUACCACCGCAUUACCAAGAACGUUUUCUCGAAUCCGGAGGACACCUGCUUUGGGGCUAAGGAAAAGUCCGUGGUUCGGCUCGACCAUCCUGACGUUGAGAGAGUCCGGCGUCUACAUCUGAACGACCUCGAGAACAUCCCACCAUUCCUAGUGAUCGGGUUCCUGUACGUCCUGACCAAGCCGUCGUCUGACGUAGCGCUGUGGCACUACCGCGCCUUCCUGGCCUGCCGCCUGCUCCACACGGCCUGCUACCUGGCAGGACUGCAGCCCUGGCGGGGCAUCUUCUUCUUCAGCGGCCUGGCCACCACUCUCAGCAUGGCCGUGCAGGUGGUGGCCAAGGGGUCUUUGUAAAGCCCAAGAGAAUCAACUGAUCGACUGUGUGCCCCGACCCCAUUCAGAAAUUGCACAACAGAUUAUGUUCAUUACUGAGAUUUGAAUAACCUACACACAUGUUAAAACCAUGGUGUGCAUUUUCUUUCUAUCUUUUUAACGAUAAAAAAACCUAUGAUGAGUGCUUUAUUUUGUCAACAUGAGUAUAGAUAGUAUAUCUUUUUGCUUUGGCUGACCAACUCUGAUUAAUAAAAGGUACCUGUGUGUUCAUCUUCGAAGAUGCCAUAUCAUCAGAAUAAAGUAUCCUUUCUUGUAUCU